CAUGCACAUCUUUAGUGCAAGUCUGUGACAUCUGGUUAUUCACAAGAAGCCCGGCUCUAUCACUCACUGAGACUGUCGAGAACAGCUGUCAACAUGGGGCGACAGAAGGAGUUUUUGAACAAGGUCUCAGAGAUGCUAAGGAUCAGAAACAAGCUCCUGAGACAAGCUCUCGCAGAAUGCCUUGGGACUCUCAUACUUGUGAUGUUUGGCUGUGGAUCUGUGGCUCAGGUUGUUCUCAGUAAAGGAUCCCAUGGACAGUUCUUGACGAUCAAUCUUGCCUUUGGCUUUGCUGUAAUGCUGGGUAUCUUGAUAGCUGGACAGGUGUCAGGAGGCCAUCUAAAUCCAGCUGUGACAUUUGCUUUAUGCAUCAUGGCCAGGGAGCCAUGGAUCAAAUUUCCUAUCUACACAAUUGCACAGACUUUGGGGGCCUUCCUUGGAGCUGGUAUUGUCUAUGGCUUGUACUAUGAUGCCAUUUGGUUUUUUGCGAAUGAACAGCUUUAUGUAACCGGCCCUAAUGGCACAGCUGGCAUCUUUGCUACCUUUCCAACAGAACACUUGACCCUCAUGAAUGGAUUCUUUGACCAGUUCAUCGGUACAGCAGCUCUGGUGGUUUGUGUCCUAGCCAUCGUGGAUCCUUACAAUAACCCCAUCCCUAGAGGACUGGAGGCCUUCACAGUAGGGUUUGUCGUCCUGGUCAUUGGAUUGUCUAUGGGAUUCAAUUCUGGAUAUGCUGUAAACCCUGCUAGGGACUUUGGACCUCGUCUGUUCACUUCUCUCGCUGGCUGGGGAACAGAAGUUUUCUGGGCUGGUGACCAGUGGUGGUGGGUCCCCAUUGUCUCUCCCUUGCUCGGUUCCGUUGCUGGAGUCAUGGUUUACCAGCUGAUGAUCGGAUGUCACAUCGAGCCUGCACCUCAAUCUACUGAACAAGAAAACGUCAAGCUUGCAAACGUUAAACAGAAAGAGAGAAUCUGAAUGUGCUGCAGCUAUAACAGGACUAACAAAUUUCACCAGAGCUGCAACAAAACAAGGGGUUAAGGUGCGUUUUCGCACUCCAUACAUCACAUUAGCAAGUUUUUUUUUGCAUACCCUUAGUUGCAUUUUGGAUGUGUCUUAUCUUUCCAUAAUUUGUACAUAGACACUUACGGACUACAGUAGCGACUAUAUCCUGGCAGCUUGUUGAUUUUUUUUUUUUUGCCUAAAGCAAUAUUCAUUUUUCCACUUGACAUCUCUCAGAUGCUGAGAGAGUAAUGAUUUCAUAGGCAGUGAAGGCAGCAUGUUUAAACUGGUUAAAAAAAACUUAAACCUCCAAGACCAAGUAACUCACGACUAAAUAGUACCAAGCAGUACGCGUUGAUUUAUAGCUCGAUUAGCGGUACUGAUGCUAUCUUUAUAUCUUUCCCUUAAUUAUUUAAUCAACAUAUAGGUUGGUUGGUGGGCAAGGGACAGCAACUCAAAGAAGGUGGAUGAGAUUUGCUGAAGUGUUUGUGCGAUCAGUUGAAGAUGAGUGGAGAUUGACCACAAACUGUCUCCUCCACUCCAGGAGAUCUACCACUACCUAAAAAACUUGAGCAUUUAAGGGCCAAAAAGAAAGGAUUCCUUAAUCCCGUCACAUUGUUAUAAAUUAAAUGAUGUUUUACAAGCUAUAUGUUAGUGGGUCAAAGUUAGUUUUCAGCCACGAAAAUCUGUAUUUUCCUAGCUUACUGAAUAGUAUAAACACUAAAUGGGAUAAUUACUAAACAGUGGUGAACAUUUGCCUGUUCUUCUCUCCUUAUUCUCAUGUUGACAAAUCCUCUCUGAACAAUACAAUGGUGAGAUCCUCUCAGUAACGUAUCACAUGCUUCGUACAUUUUCUUGCAAGUAGUUUAAAACUUGAAGUUGUAGAAAUCUGUUUUGGUAACUUGUAUUGUUAUGAUUGUAGCUUUAGUUCUGCAAAAACACAAAGCAUUGAGAUCUGAUAAAAGUUUCAGGCAUUCAGGCUAUCAUGUCUGCUGUGGUCCUCAUAAAUCGUGUCUUGGGGACCAAAUUAAGCACUGACCAUGAGUUAAUGAGUUAUGAGUUAAACAUUCAUGUGAUUUAUUAAAUGUAUUGUAUACCAUAAUAUGUGGAAUAGACAAAUUAAAUAUCCGAGUUGGAUAUCUACCAUCCUAUUUCACCCAGCUUCCAAACAUUCUGCUUAUUUUAACUCAUGGCCUCCUAUGGAACAAUAUUUGACAUCAAACUUUUAGCUUUCUUACCAGCACAAAAGUUCUCUGGUUCGUUACAUCUUUCAUCUAUUAUUAUGAAGGGAGAGGAACUGCUCAGGUCUCACAAUUCUACAUUUGGUUUUUGUUUAGAGAACUCUAACCCUAACGCCAUCUAGCUUUUUUUUCUUUUUUACGUAUAUACAUAUUUUGUAAAAAAAAAAAACAUCAGAAAAGCCUAGGAGAAUACUGAUGAUUUUGAAAUGGGAAUUAUCCCUUGCUUUUUGUAAUCUGAAAGCUUGUACAUGCUAAUUGAAAAUACUCGUUAUUACUACUGAAUGUAUUUUAUUUGACAUUAAAUACAAAAAUUUUAAAGAA